AUGUGCUCCGCGGGAUGUUCGCUGCACGGCUGUCCCAAUGACUUGCCCCACCAGAUCAACACACCGAUCUUGAUUCCUUCCGCUUCCACUCCCCACUGCACUUGCCUCCAAGCUCCACUCUUCCGCCACAACCUCAAUCAAACCCCCUCUCACUGCAGCCAUGUCCGCCUACCAGAACGAGCAACUCCGUCGAGGUGCGCCGUGCCGAGUGCGCGCGGCUGCAGGCCAAGUACCCGGCGCACGUCGCCAUGGUGGUGGAGGCCGCCAAGAGCAGCAAGGCGCACUUCCUCGCGCUGCCCCGCGACGCCACCGUCGCCGAGCGCUAGGCGGCCGUGCGCGCCGCCCUCAACGGCAAGAAGCUCUCGCUCAUCAUCGACGGCUGCACGCCCGCCGCCGGCACCGCGCUGCGCGACCUCAGCGACGCCUGCAAGCAGGCCGACGGCUUCCUGUACGUGGCGGUGCGCGCGGAGAAGGCGAUGGGCGCUGCUGCCAGUCCCUGCUUCUCCAACGACGCGGCUGCUGUGUAAUCCCCUUUAG